AUGAUAAGACGAUUGUCAACAUCACCGACUUUACAACAAAACAUCGACCACCGACAAACAAACACCAAAGUCACAAGCACGAGGUCAACGAUAAAAAUCGCAGAUUAGCGGAAUGAACACCAGACAAGCAUCAUGCAAUAUCUAAGAUCCGUAAGAUUGUAUUUACCUUGAUGAGAGAAUCAAAAUCCAAACACUUCUUGUUGUAAAACGGCUUCAAGCACUACGCACAUCGAAAAAAAGCCGCUAAACACACAGAUGUUACGAAUACUCGCAACAAUGAAAGCCUCAUGCUCCCUGUAAAGAUUAAGUUCAUUAAAAACACUCGACAAGCCUCAAAAACAAGGAAACAAAGCUGAAAUGAGGAGGGUUCAAAAUUUGAGAAAAAUAAAUUCGCUCUCUUCAGCGCCUGACAUGUACGCGCCAUCGCACUUUUCGAUUAAAACAUUUCACAACUUUUCCUAUAAAUCGCGUUCUUUUCUCGUUUUUUCAUUGUUUUCUCAAGUUUUUCGUUUGUAGUUUCAUUUCUAAAGGCACUAUACAAACAAUUUGCAGCUACUACCGCGUGUAAUCGAACAUCUUUCGCAGGAAAAUGUGAGUUUUUGCCAAUUUUCUUUGAUUUUUUUUUUUUAAAGGAUUGAGAACAAUCAAGAUGUUGGAAGCUGGGCUGAGGCUGUCGAAAAAGAAAGUAAGGAAAUGGUCAGGAGUAAAAUUGUGUAUAUUUUGUUUUAGCUUUGUCUCAUGAGACGAACGAAGACGGUAUCAAGGAAGAAGUUGGCUUCGCAGAAGAAAACGGUAUUCGCUACAAAGUUUGUUUAAAAACACGGCUAAGAUAGAAAUAUUACAAAUUUCAGGUUGUAACUCAAUUCAAAGUCAUCAAGAAAAAGGUUCCAAGAGUUGUCGCAGAUCGCAAGAAAUGGAAGAAGUUCGGCAUGUGUACUGGUGAACCACCUGGGCCACAGGUAACAGAUCCUUUAUCGUUUGAAAACUUUGCUGUGUUACAAAUUUUUAUCAGAAUUAAAACGGCCUAAACUUGGAAAAAAAACCCAUCUAUUUUUGCGUUUACUACUAGUUAUUUUUUUAUUGCUGUUCCGAAAACUGAAUUUUUGCCUAGGUCGCAACAACUUACGUGGCUGAAGAAGUAGAAAUGCAGUUCACCCGUAAUCGCGCUGGAGAACAAAUUCUCGACGUCCAAGAAGACAAGCAAGUGGUGAGUUAUCAACUAAAUUGAGUGCUAUAAUUUCAACUCUAAAUUCUCAGGCCAAGGCAUCGAAUCGCGAACAUUGCCGUCAUUGCAAAGGAAACGAUCACUGGAGUACUCACUGCCCAUACAAGGUUUCAUUUUGCUAUGAAAUUUAUAUUUAUCUGUAUCUUUCUAGCAAAUGUACCAGUUGGAUGAAGAAGUCGAGCAAGUUGAUCCGGAGAAGGAUCGCGGUGCGGGGCUUGGUUUACGUGGCGAUGGCCGACAAAUCGAUCGACGGUAUUUUCUUUCACUUUUUCAUGGCUAAUGGAUAAGAAAAUGAGAACAUUUUUUGAACUCUCGAAAGUUCUUUCAAACAAACCCAGUAGAAGAGAAAUUUUGUAAACUGCUUUUCGUCAUCAUUAAAGAUUACUAUAAAAAAAAUGAGUUGAAAAAUUUUUUUAGUUUUAAAAGGCCUAACCUAUCUUCAAAGAUGAUCUCACUAUAUCUAAAUCAGGGUAAAAAUCAGUCUGAUUGAAAGUAAUACUUGUCUUUUUCAGAAGUCGCACUGUUAAAAUAGGCAUGAGUUUAACCGAAUACUAUUUUUUUAAUUUAAUGAAAGGUGUUUUUAAUUUUUCAUAAACUAAAGUCAAUUAACAUAUUCUCACCACUUUUUUUUCCCAAGAUAAAUGGCGAAUUUUGAAAGCUACUACAUAGAAAAAAAUGGAGAUAAUUAUCAUCGUAUACUGUUCGAAAAAGAAAAAGAUUUCGAACUUUAAAUUUGUCUUUUUAACUUUAAUAAGAAUCAUAUUCGUUUUUAGAGCUUGAAAAUUGUCGUUUUUCAAAGCUCUCCCGUUUCAGCAGCGACGAAAACACGUGCCGUGUCACAAAUCUACCACAAGAAAUGGAGGAAAACGAACUGCGCGACAUUUUCUCGCGCAUCGGACGUGUCAUCGUAAGUUUUUUGACCCUUUUUCACAAGAUUUUUGAAAAAAAAUGCUUCAAAUUUCUUUUCUUCAGAGAGUUUUCAUUGCUCGCGACAAGGUCACAAACUUGCCCAAAGGAUUCGCCUUCGUUACCUACGAAUCCCGUGAAGUAAACCUUGAAUUUCUAAAUUUAAAAAAAAUUAUAUUUUUCAGGAUGCGACACGGGCGAUCGCGAAGCUGAACGGCACUCGCGCCUAUCACAUGAUCCUGAAAGUCGAAUGGACCCGUCCCAGCAAUCAGAAUUAAUAUUUCCUGCUUUUUUUUACGAUCCUACUUCUUCUCCAUGGUUUCUUGUUCUUGUUGUUAGUUGCUUCAUGGUUUUUCUUGGGAUUUCUUGAUGAAUAAUGAAUUUUUGUUGGUAAGAUGCGUUCUUUCUUGUUGGAAUCAAUGUCAAAUCGUUCUUAUAUCUGAAAUUUUUACAGUUUUUGGGAUGGGUUUCGAAGUUUAUUCAAGAUGCAGGGAGUAGUUUAUAUCAUUUCGGAUGAAAAAAAAUUUUUAAAAAAUUUCAGUGCAGCUUAAAAUUGCAAUAAGCCGCUCUAAUCCAACUCUAAGUUCGUUAAGGAAAAAUUUUUUUUUGGGAUUAUACUUCCCUUGUUUAUCGAGCUUUCUAUCACGAAAAUUUCAACUCAAAUUAUUUUGAAUAGAACGUUUGAAUUCAACGUCCUUGUUCCACUAAUUUUUUUAAGUUUGGCUUCAGAAUUAAGUUUUUAAAACGAAAAAUAGUAUUUUUCAGUUCAGAGGUCGUAUGAAAGAAAAUGGAAAACGAUUUUCUUGAAUAAAAAUUUCUGAAACUCGAUUUUACUGCAUUAAUUUUGACUUUUUCAGAAUGUGAUAAGAUCUAAUGAGAAGUUCAAGACAUAUUUAGGCAUUCCCAACGAGAAAAAAAGUCAAUUUCGCACGUAAAAUUUACCGUAAUAACUUAUCUAUCAUGAUAUAUCGUUAUGGGACCCACUUUUUCAAACGGCUCCUAGGAAAAAUUUUGAAAACCGUUCUAAACGAAAAACGCUUCGAUCUAGAAAUUAUUUUGUACACUUUUUUUUUUUAUUUUAUCAGAAAAACUUUCAGAAAUGGGAUUCCUGAGUAUCCUGCGAAAACAGAAGGCGCGGGAAAAGGAGAUGCGAGUUCUGAUCCUCGGCCUGGACAACGGAGGAAAAACGACGAUUAUGAAGAAGUUCCUCGGCGAAGAUCUCAAUCAGAUCGAGCCGACGUUAGGUGUGUCUCCAAACUCCGAGGCCCAAUUUAUCCCUGUUCUUUGAGGGUUCGACAUCAAGACGGUGGAGUUCAAAGGCUACGUUCUCAAUCUUUGGGAUGUUGGCGGACAGAAAAGUCUCAGGUCUUACUGGCGUAAUUAUUUCGAGCAGACUGACGCUCUCAUUUGGGUCGUCGAUUCGGGGGAUAAAGGUUUUUAUUUUUAAAUAUAAGAAAGAAAAAUCUAGGUGUUCAGUUUCCCUAUUAGAUUUAUUCUGUGGAAGCUUUAUUGAUCGUUCUUUUGAUUAUUUUUAUUUUUCUUAUCAAUAAGAAAAGUGGAUCAAAAGUCUCAAAUUUGCCAGUUUCUAAAUGGGAAAAUUUGAUAAUUUCUCUGGUAUUUGUACUUCUUGCCUCACGUAAAUUGACAAGAGAUUUAUCGUUGGGGCGCGCUUUCCACACCCCUUAAAUUCAUUUUUUUUUCCUUCUAUCUUCUCGCACGAUGGUAACGCCAAACGGACGUGCUCUGGACGUUUCAGAAAAGUUCUAGGGAUCACUUAAAAAUGCUAGCGCUACUAAAGUGGUCACUAGAAAUGCCCGAAUACGUCCGUUUCGCGUUACCAAUGUCCGAGUUUUCUCUUCUUUUCGGAAGUUUUUCAUGGCCAUUCCGAAGGGAAUUCAAAAAAUCUGUUACAGUGAGCAACGACUUCAGCCAUUUUAAAUUUACUGCUAUUUCAUUCCUCUUUUGCAAUUCAACACACAAAAAAAGCCCUCAGCUGCUUUUAAGAGCUUUGGGCUGGUACCUGAUAUUUUCUAGCCGGCCGCGAAGUUGAUCGAACUCUGUGUGCCUUGAAUUUGGUUCGAAAACGUCGUCGCGAAUUGGAUUACGGUCUUCUUCUCAUCGCGAUUACCUGAGUUUUCAAAGAUAAAAGAGUUUCAAAAAAGAAAAAUAGGAUAUAAAUACAAAAGUUGAAUCGAAAAGAGUGUUAGGCGAAGUCGAAAUGGUGUUCAAAGGCCGCUAAAAAGAAGAGGCUCAAAAAACCACAAAAAGGGAGCAAAAAGAGUCCCUUUAUUGAGCAUUCCAUUUCUUCUAGAAUCCUUAAGGCUCAAGAAAUGGUGGAAAAAAAGGGAGAGGCAGCAAAUAUGAUUUAUAAGUACUGAUGAAAUGGCGCAAAAAGACAGCAAAAAAGGAACCUCUGUCCCCCUAAAAGGAAAAUUUCUAUGGAGCCUUUUGCACCCUUUCCGACUCUGCAUAUGAUAUUGGAUCAAGGCUUUUCUGGCUGUAAUUCAGUGUUAAUAAGGUCGUGUCUAUUAUUUUCCUCAUUUUAAAAUUCUUCGAAACUAAAAACUUUGAAACCUCACAUCAAUCGUUCUUGUAGUAAUCGAUCGACUCUUUCCAAUUUUCAAUCAAAUGCUCCGAGCGUUCUUUCUGGAAAAAAAGUAAUUUUUAAAAAGAUUUUUUUAGAUAUCAAACUGCUUUAUUUGAAGUUGUUGUCGAAUCUCCAUCGACUGAUCAGAAUGAGUUCGUUGAAAGCUUCCUGCAAUAAUUUCAACUUUGAAAAAAGCCAGUCGAUUGCAUUAUUCGGAUCGCAAUGUUUUGACUGAUUAGCUAAGUUGUAAGUAAGUUAGGAAAGCUUUAUUCAGUGAGAAGAACUAACUAGGCGGUGCGCUAGAGCUCCGUUCGGCCUUGUCAGAACUAAGAAUCCUAGACGCCGAAGGCCGUGACGGCAUUUUCCGCGGGGGUCCCAUCAUCGCUUUGUCAGCAUCGCGCUGCCAACAGUUUGUGCCUCGGCCACAGGAAUGGGCUUCGGCGUGACUUUGCGUAUCCAAUUUGCUAGCAAAGAGGAUCGGCACUCCGGGAGUCCCGCGGGCCUAUUCUACUAGCGCUUAGAACUCAGAAACUUAUUUCGGAAGUUAAAAAUUUAUGAAGGCUCAAAACUCAUCUUGAGGUGGAUGUGCAGAAGCAAGGCGAUUCGUGAAGGAAUGAUAUUUGAAUCCAGGCCAUAAAAAAAGAAAUGACACGUUUUUUUGUACGUGUUAUUUUUUCGAUGACAAGAAAAUGACCUUGCCACGGGGUUCACGUUUUUUUUUUGCAGAGAAAUAAAUUUUUAUUCUGGAUAAAGUUUUGGGUCAUAUGGCGUGAAAGGUAGAGCUAGUGGAGGCACUGAAAACUUUUCAAAGUUUAAAGUUUUUAAUUUUUGGGCUCUCUAGUUUUUUUUUACCUCCAGUUUUGUAUCAUUUUUGCCCUCAUGUAGAAACAUAAUUCACGUAAUUAGAGCCAAGUUGAAUGAGAAAAUGCAGUUUGAAGAAUCUGAAUUACAUUAUUUUUCUAUUUUUCUGUUGGUUUUUCGAACUCAAUUAAACAAUCCGCCAUACAAGGUUUUUACUUUCUGCUUUCUAUCUAUUAAUUCUUUCAUAUUUUGAAUUCUUAUUCGAUGGGAGGUAAUUUACCUAUAUAAUAUUUUUUUAUAUUGUGUGAUAAGUGAUUUAAAGUAGCACGUCCUUUUCGCGUUACUCAUGUCCGAGAAAAUAGAAGAAAACAAAAUGAAUUGAAAGGGCGUGAAAAAGAGCGCCCCAAUGACAAAUAUCUUGUCAGUUUACGUGAGGCAAGCUGUACAAGUACCGGAGGCUCUUAUCACAAGCAAGUUUAGAAAAAAGCUUUUCCAUGAAAAUCUGAAGUUUUCAAACUUUUAUUGUAUAUAAAUUUUCUACCAGUUUUUUUCUCACUACCUUGUCUUAGCGAUUAUUUUUAGUUUUGAGUGGGACUUGUUACCACAAAAUUUUCAGGCCAGUUUCGCGAUUUUCACCUCACAAGGAAGGUCGUUUUAUUUUGUAAUUUUUUUUUAAAUUUUACUCAAAUUCUCUUCGAAGAUCGAGAUGGAUAUACCUCAUAGUAGCAACCUGCGAAAGCUCUAGUUCUUUAGGUAUGGGUUUUCCGAGUUACAAAAUACAGAUAGCCACUAUAGAGGAUCUUCUUUUGGUCCUUCGAAGAAUAUUUGAGAAAGUUCAAAAUAAAAUGAGGUCCCUUGUUAGGAACUUCCUUCAUUAGAAAGCUCAAAAUUGGUCUGCCCAUGUCAGGCGGUCAACAUCAAAAGUAGUUGGACCAUUUAACGAGCGGAGGAUUAUUCAGAGAGGCUGAUGCAGUGCAAAGAAGAGCUGCACAAACUGCUGGUGGAGGAGCGGUUGGCCGGCGCGACGCUCCUCGUUCUGGCCAACAAACACGACUUGCCGAGCGCCCUUGAUGUUCACGCGAUAUCCAAGGUGGGAUCUGGUCCCGAGCGUCGAGAUAUACCAUUUUUCUGCGUCUCUUACAGUUGCUCGACCUCGACUCGAUCAAGACCCAUCACUGGCGGAUAUUCAGCUGUUGCGCCAUCAACGGCGAACAUCUUCUCGACUCGAUCGAGUGGCUCACCGAUGACGUCGGCAGUCGAGUCUUCACAUUAGAAUAG